UACCCCAGCUAUGGACAGGGUGGAGCAGUGAGAGACAGUUUGAGGGAGAGGAAAGGAGCAGGAGAUCUUACAGGGAGUUCCUGCAGGGGACAGAGUGAAGGAAAGACAGGGAAAGGUUUGAAAGUUGAAUUCUGUGCACAGGACCCACAGAGGAGAUUUGGACCUGUCAGUGCACUGAGACCUGUCCAGACAGCAUCUGUGGGUGCGGCUGAGGAUGGAGGUGUGGACGUUGAUGGUGUGUGUGCUGACUGCUUUGUUCCAUCAGGUGUGGAGCUCUGCAGAACAUCACUAUGGUGAGGCAGAGCUGCGUCCUUGGGCUCUAUUUCCCUGGAGAAAUCAAGGCAGGGGUCUGGCCAGAAUGAAGAGGGACUGGAUCAUCCCUCCAAUCAGAGUGUUGGAGAACAGCAAGCAAGUCCCUGAAGAUCUUGUUCAGAUCAAAUCAGACAAAAUCUUCUUGGGUGAGGUGAUCUACAAGUUGGAGGGUCCGGGAGUCGACCAGGAGCCCAAAAACCUGUUUGAGAUUGAUGACAAAAUAGGAGUAAUCAGGAGCAAGCAGCCACUGGACAGAGAGAAGCACAGCAGUUUCACGCUUAAAGCCUUUGCACUGUCUCCCAGCGGGGAGAGGCUGGAGAACCCCACAACCAUUGAGAUUGUGGUUCUGGAUCAGAAUGACAACAAACCCAUUUUCACUCGGAGGCAGUUUGUUGGCUCCGUCUCUGAGUUCGCUGUUCCAGGGACGUCGGUGAUGUCAGUGUCAGCCACAGAUGCUGACGACCCAUUGACAGAUAAUGCUGCACUGAGUUACUCUAUAAUUGGUCAGGAGAGCAUUCCCGCCAAUGCUGUCACCAAAACUAUGUUUGGGAUUAAUAAUGAGACUGGCACCAUCUACACAAGAGAUGUAGGUCUGGACAGAGAGGUGGUAAAGGGUUUCAGGUUAAAGCUUCAGGUCGCUGAUAUGGGGGGCAUGGGAUUAACCACCGAAGGGGAAGCAUUUAUUAAUGUGUCGGACAUCAACAACCAUGCACCUCAGUUCAGCCCUGCCUCGUACAACAUGACAGCAGAGGAAAACAAGUCCUACUUUGAGAUUGGUCGAGUGAAUGUGACAGACAGAGAUGACAGAGGAACAACAAACUGGGAGGCCAGAUACUCAAUAUUGCCCUCCAAUGACCCCAAACGCAGCUUUGCCAUCACAACGGAUCCUGCCACCAACCAAGGAGUUAUCAGUGUAGUGAAGCCACUGGAUUAUGAAACCCAAAAAGAGCAUCUCCUGCUUUUAACCGUGGAAAACGUUAUUCCCCUGAGCAGGAAGGCUUUUAAACUGCAACCGAGCACCGCCACAGUGGUGGUCACAGUCGUUAACAAGAAUGAAGGUCCAUACUUCAGAGAAGACCCCAUCGUGAUCAAAGCCCCAGAGUCCCUGCUUCCUGGGACACCACUGACACGCAUAACUGCCUUUGAUCCAGACAACUCUGAGCUCAGUUAUGAAAUAUUCAGAGACCCAGAGGGGUGGCUGGAAGUGGACAGAAACACAGGAGACAUUUCAGUGAAGAGAGCAUUUAACAUGAGAUCUCCACAUGUUGAAGACAACUCCUACAGUGCUGCUGUCAGGGUCACAGAUGCUGGUGGUUUGUCAUCAACGGCAACAGUGAAGGUGGUUCUGGAAGAAACCAAUGACUUCCCCCCAAUGCUCCAUCCUUCAAGCGGCUACAUUUGCAGAGGUGUCAGCAGCAGCCGAUAUGGCCUGUUUCUGACUGCUGUGGAUGAAGAUCGCCAUCCACAUGCUGCACCUUUCAUUUUUGAAUUGUUUUUUGAUCAGUCAGCCAACUGGACAGUAGUGAAAGUCAAUGACACACAUGCUUCGCUUCAGCCCACCGUAGAACUGGAGGCGGGAGAGUAUGCAGUCAGAGUGGCGGUGAGCGACUCAGGCAGUCCGCCCAUGAGUGCUAACAGUCAGGUCAAUGUCACAGUGUGUCUGUGCGACUCCUAUGGAGACUGCAAAUCUGAGGCGGGGGCUGUCUUAGGUUCCAGUGUGGGAGUCAGUUUCAUUGCUGUCAUCAUCAUCAUCGCCUGUGCUGCAGUUCUGCUGUUGCUGCUGCUUCUUUCCGUGACUCUGGCUGCCUGUGGAAGACGGCACCACAUGAAGAAAGGAACAGGUCUGCUAGUCGGGGAUUCAGAGGACGACGUACGUGACAACAUCCUCAACUAUGACGAGCAAGGAGGGGGUGAGGAGGAUGAGAACGCUUUUAACAUUGACCUGUUCUGGAACCCCCAUGAUGCCCCUUCCUCCCCACGCUCUUACUACACCGGGACUGGAGUUCCUCGCAGCAAGCAGCCCCUGAGGAGGGAUGCCCCGCACAACCUGCCCUCUCCCAUCUACCCCCGAAGGCCUCCUGCAAAUCCCACAGACAUCGAGGACUACAUCAAUGAUGGCUUGGUGGUUGCAGACACCGACCCGAACGUGCCCCCUUAUGACACGGCCCUGAUCUACGACUACGAGGGAGACGGGUCUGUGGCAGGCAGCCUCAGCUCCAUCGCUUCGGGCAGCUCUGAUGAGGAUCAGGACUAUGAUUACCUCAACGACUGGGGGCCUCGCUUUCAGAAACUGGCUAAUCUGUUCGACUCGCAUUAAAGAGGAAGGAGCUCUCGAUGCCAGGACCUGCUCGGUUCAUCAGUAUUCAGGGGCACAGAUCAUGCCUCAGGUGCUUUUCUGGACUCGUUUAGAACGAUUUCAGCUCAGGACUGAAAGUGUCACAAGUAAAAACUCUUUUUCUUAUGUUGAAUGUGGCUUAUGUCUCUUUUUGAAGGUAGCUGUGAUACAGCUUAGAAAGACUUUGAGCAAGUUUUUGUGUUAGAGCAGGAAGUCUGUGCAUGGAAAAGGAAGUUUAGAGGAAAGGGGCUGUGCAUGCUACCAGGCACAGAUAGGUGUUGAUGUUUGUUGUUUAUCCAGCCUGCAUGGUUCAGUAAUGAUGCACAAACAUGUAAAAUAUGAACAACCAGGUUAAUAUGUAUCUUCUUUUUUUUUUACAAGAGUGAGUAUUUUCUGAGAUUGAGAUUUUUCCUUUACGUUUGCUUUUUUGAAUCCUUCAUUCCAUCAUUCAUUUUCCAGAAGCUUUUCCUUCAAAAUAGCAACACAAUAAUCUGUAAUCACUUAUUUGGAUUAAUGACAGAUGUGUUUUUCUUUGAUUAUAACAGUCAUGGAAAUCUCAGUUGACUGCUGUCUGCAAAUAAAUGUUUUUUUAGUUACA